AAUCGGCAUUCCUCAGAGGGGACAUGUACACUGAUCAUCAGGGCACUGAUGAUCGCCCCAGCAGUGCCAGCUGUCAGUGUCCAUCAGUGCCACAUCAAUGCCACAUAUCAGUGCCCAUCUGAGCUGCCUUUCAGUGUCACCCAUCAGUGCCAGUCAGUGCCACCUAUCAAUGCCAAUCAGUGCCACCUAUCAGUGCUGCCUAUCAGUGCUGCCUGUCAGUGCCAUGUAUCAGUGCUGCCUUUCAGUGCCCAUCAGUGACGCCUGUCAAUGCCCAUCAGUAUCACCUAUCAGUGCUGCCAAUCAGUGCCACCUAUCAGUGCGCAUACAUGCUGCCUAUCAGUGCCAGUCAGUGCCACCUAACAGUGCCAGUCAGUGCCGCCUAUCAGUGCCAUAUAUCAAUGCCAUGUAUCAGUGCUGCCUUUCAGUGCCCAUCAGUGAUGCCUGUCAAUGCCCAUCAGUGCCACCUACCAGUGCCUCCUCAUCAGUGCCACCUAUUUCAUAUGGGUACAGUGUUGCAUGACCGCGCAAUUGUCAUUCAAAGUGUGACAGCGCUGAAAGCUGAAAAUU